AUAUAGUUAUUAGUAUCUUGAUUUAUUCACAAAAUGAUAUUUGGGUUUUUCUUAUUUCAUUGAUUAGAAAAAAGCAUUGGAUUUUGGCUGAUUUUUCGUACCCACCUGCCAAAAUCCAUUUCUUUCUUUUCUUUUUCUCAUAAAUCUGAAUCCCUCCUCUUUUUUCUUUUAUUUUUCUUUUUGUCCCUCUUCUCUUUUUGUUAUCUUGAAAAAGAAGAGGAACCUUUAUUUAUCUUGAAAAAGACUUGGUUCACAAGUGAUAAAGAUUGUAUUUUUACUCAUAGGGAAUAAUAAAUUCCUCUGCAGGGCUGAUUUUCAGUUCUUUUUUGGCUGAAGAUGUCAAGAAUAAAGCUUUCAUUUAGCUUGUUGGUAUUGGUAUUUGUUGGGAUUAGUAAUGAUGUGGUGGGUGUUGAAGGGCUUGGUGUGAACUGGGGUACACAGGCAACGCACAAGUUGCCUCCUAAGGUGGUAGUGCAAAUGCUGAAAGACAAUGGAAUAACAAAAGUGAAACUGUUUGAUGCAGACGCAUCAACUAUGAGUGCUCUGGCUGGCUCUACUAUGGAAGUAAUGGUUGCUAUUCCUAAUGACCAGCUUCUUGUUAUGAAUGACUACGAUAGAGCUAAGGACUGGGUUAAGCGCAAUGUCACUGUCUACCUUUUCAAUGGAGGUGUUAACAUAAAGUAUGUAGCAGUUGGUAAUGAGCCAUUUCUUGCAUCUUACAAUAACUCAUUCGUGAACACCACAUUCCCAGCCCUUCAGAACAUCCAAAACGCCCUAAAUGAUGCUGGGCAUGGUGACACCAUAAAGGCAACUGUGCCGUUAAAUGCUGAUGUCUAUUUUUCACCAGAAGACAAUCCUGUUCCCUCUGCUGGAAGAUUUCGAGCAGAUAUCAGUUCCCAAAUGACCCAGAUUGUUCAGUUCUUGAACCAAAAUAAUGCACCUUUUACUGUAAAUAUUUACCCUUUCUUGAGUCUUUACUUAAACUCGCACUUCCCAGUUGACUAUGCCUUCUUUGAUGGGGCUGCUAACCCCAUAGUUGAUAAUGGAGUUCAGUACACAAAUGUCUUCGAUGCCAACUUUGAUACCUUGGUUUCAGCACUAAAGGGAUUGGGGUAUGGAAACAUGAAUAUUUUGGUUGGAGAGGUUGGAUGGCCCACUGAUGGGGACAGGAAUGCCAAUGUAAAUUAUGCUAUUAGGUUUUACAGGGGUCUUCUGCCAAGACUUGCUGCAAAUAAAGGAACCCCACUUCGGCCUGGUUAUAUAGAGGUUUACUUGUUUGGACUUCUAGAUGAAGAUUUGAAGAGUGUAGCUCCUGGUAAUUUUGAGCGCCAUUGGGGGAUUUUCAGGUACGAUGGACAGCCCAAGUUUCCUAUGGAUCUUUCAGGUCAGUUGCAAGACAAAUAUCUUGUGGGGGCGCAGAAUGUGCAGUAUUUUCCUGCUAAAUGGUGCCAGUUCAAUCCUAAUGCAAAAGACUUGAGCAAACUCGUUGAGAAUAUCAAUUAUGCUUGCACAUUUGCAGAUUGCACAGCUCUUGGGUAUGGUUCGUCUUGUAAUGGUUUGGAUGCCAAUGGGAAUGCAUCAUAUGCAUUUAAUAUGUACUUCCAGGUCCAGAACCAAGGAGAUUUGAGCUGCAAUUUUCAAGGUUUAGCUAUGGUGACUGAGCAGAACAUAUCUCAAGCAAAUUGCAACUUCACCAUUCAAAUUGCGACCUCUUCUUCCAUGAAGUUGUUGCCAGUAGCUGGAUUAUAUUUAGCAGCAUUAACAUUUCUAUUGCUAUAGGCAUCUUUCUGUAGAUACCUCACAUGUAUUAUUUCUGAUACAUUCAUUUGAGGCAAUAAUUUAUACUAAUACAGCUGGGCCCUUUUUUGCCCUGCAGAUUCAUUUAAUAAGAUUUUGCAUGAUUGUUUUCUUUUCA